GUAAGAUUUUUCUAAUUUUUAAUUGUAACAGCUCCUUGAUUGUUUGAAUCUUUUGAAAGUUUACAGACUCAUCACAUAUAGUUCUUGUAAGUAAUUUGAGUUUUACUUUCGUCACCUGCCAUUGUUUUUUUUACUUAGUAUUUGCUGUAUUAGUGAAUGUCAAAUUCUGAAGUGGUCAAGGCUGAUCUUGAAUUAGAAAUUCUUGAUGAUGAUGUGGUAGAUAACACUUCUAUUGUCUCUCAUGCAGAUAACUAUUCUAUUGAUUUAGAUUACGAUGAUGACAGUUUUGACGACGAAGAAGAAUCAAAUCGUGACUUAGAAAGUCAAGAUUCCAUUAAGGAGCAUGGCCAUGGAACUGGGAAACAAAAUUGGAAAGAAAUCUUUAUGCUUUCCUUUUCUUCCUUGGGAGCUAUUUAUGGUGAUAUUGGUACUUCGCCAUUAUACGUUUUAAAUUCUAUCAAAUAUUCAUCUUAUCCUCCAAAUAAAGAUGAUAUUUAUGGUGGAAUUUCAGUAAUCUUUUAUAUCUUUACCAUUAUUGUUAUUUUCAAAUAUGUGGCUAUCGUUUUAGUACUUGGUCCAAAUAAUGGUGAAGGUGGGCAAGUGGCAAUCUAUGCAAAAAUUGCUAGAUACCUUAAUAUUGGACCAAAAGGUGUUCGUAUUCCAGGAGCAGCCGAAAUUUCAGAUAUGGAAUUAUUGACAAGACAAGAUACUACUUCAUCAUUUAUGUCUGCCAAUUCUCAAGUAACUAGAAUUGAAAAGCUUAGAAAAUCUCCUACUAUGACUAAAUUCAUUCAAACAUUCAUCUUGUGUGCUUGUUUUAUUGGCUGUUCUUUGGUAUUUUCCGAUGGGUUAUUAACUCCAACCACUUCAGUUUUAAGUGCUAUAGGUGGUAUUCAAGUUGCAGUUCCUUCCUUUGAUCACGUUUUGGCAGUUUCAGAAGUUAUUUUAGUUGCUUUAUUUAUUAUUCAACAAUUUGGUUCUAAUAAAAUUUCCUUUUUAUUUGCUCCGAUCGUGUUCAUCUGGUUAAUAGGUUUAUUGGUUUGUGGUAUUUAUAAUAUUGUUAAGCAUGAUCCAGGAGUAUUCAAAGCAUUAUCACCUUAUUAUGCUAUUAAAUUAUUAAAAAAUAGUGGAGUUAAUGUAUUUGGUGGUGCUAUGUUAUCUAUAACAGGUACAGAAGCUAUGUUUGCUGAUAUUGGACAUUUCGGUAAGUUACCAAUUCAAAUAACUUUGGGUUUCUUUGUAUACCCUUCUUUAAUAAUUUGUUAUUUGGGUCAAGGAGCUUACCUUGUCGGACAUCCUGAAGCUUAUGUCAAUCCAUUCUUUUUAUCAAUUCCUGGUGGAACUUCAGGUGGUCCUUACUGGUUGAUGUUUGUUUUAUCAACAUUAGCCACCAUUAUUGCAUCUCAAGCAUUAAUUUUAUCAGUAUUUUCAAUUGUUUCACAAUUAAUUAAUCUUGAUUGUUUUCCUCAAUUAAAAAUAGUUCAUGUUUCUAAAGCAUAUGAAGGUAAAGUUUAUAUUCCAAGUAUUAAUUGGCUAUUAAUGAUUGGUGUUUGUUUAACUACUGCUGGAUUUAAAAAUUCAAAUAACGUUACUGCUGCUUAUGGGUUAGGUAUUUCAUUGGAUUUUAUUGUCACAUCGCUGUUGAUGGUUCUUUGCAUGUUUUAUGUUUUCAAGUUCAAUAUCAUUUGGCCUAUUAUUUAUGUGCUUAUUUUCGUGCCUUUGGAAAUGUGUUUAGUUAUAGCAAACAUGAGUAAAGUUGUGCAUGGUGCUUGGUUUCCACUUAUGAUGACAGGUCUCAGUUUUUUAUUUUUAAGUAUUUGGAGAUGGGGAAGAUCAAGAAAAGUUAAUCAUGAAUUUUCAUCCAGAAUAUCUAUUGGAGAUUUAUUUCCAAGAUUUAGGAAAACUCCAGAAUUAAUAAACUUAAAUUUGGGGCCAACCUCUGUGGCUGCAAAUUCAAAUUCUACAAAUGAUGCGGCGCAUAUCACAAAAGAUGUUAUUCAUGAAGUUCAUCAAGAUACUAAAGAUACAAUUAAUACUAGAUUUGGAAAGACAACCUUAAAAAGGCAUGAAGGAAUUGCUAUUAUGUAUAAUGAUUCACUGAUGCAAAACAUGAAUAGUCCGAACACAUUACCAUUAAUUUAUGCUAAAUUAAUUAAGAAUUUUUCAUCAAUUCCUUCCACUUUUAUUUUCUGUUCUACCAGAGUAUUAUCUAUUCCAUAUGUACCGCAAGAAGAUCGUGUCUUAAUUGCAUCUAUGAAAAUUCCAGGUCAUUAUAGAUGUAUUUUAAGAUUUGGUUUUAUGGAAGAGAUCACUAUAGAUUAUUCUUUGAAUAAGAAAAUCAUUAGUAGUAUCCCUGGAAGUAAUAGAUUAGCUCGAAAAUUCUCCCUGAUUGAAUUUGAAUCAAAUAAUGUUACAGUUGAUAAUAUCCCAAUUCUUCAUAUUUUUGAAAAUAAUAUGAUUAGAUCUCAUGAUUAUUCUUCAGAAGAAUAUAAGACUAAAAAUCCGUUUAAAAUUAUUCACAGAUUAGGACGAAAAAUCUUGAUUAAUUAUUUAUUUAGUCCCCUUAGUUCAAUGACUCAAGAAAGAGGAAGACUUGUAAAAUUAAAGGAUGAAGAAGAAGAAAGUGAUAAGAAAAUCUUUAUUGGAGGUAUAUCCAGAAUUUAG